UGUUAUAUUUGUGCCUGCUACAGUUGGAAAUAACAGUUCAGAAGCCGAAAAGGGUUGAAUGGAUUUACAGGAGGUUAUUUUUCGCGAGUAAAUUCAUGGCAACACAUUAAUUUGAUUAGUACAUGCUUUAGAAUUACUUUACACUCAAGCGAUUCAAACGAUGUUAAAGUUAUCACCAGGCUGCUGGACAAAUAUGUGUUACACCACCAAGGUACAGAUCAAGACAAAUCUGUGACUCAGGAUUUAUCUUGGGAAGAGCGCAAGGUGUACGAAGAACUCAGAAUAACAAGGGAAGAUAACUCUGGGAACUACAAUGUGUCAGAAGAACAGCUCUUGCUAAUACAGCUCCCCACCAAAGACCUGGUUAUCUAAGGUUUAUAUAGGAAUGCCUAGGUCAGCUGACAAAAUACUGGUCUUCUGCUCCAUAAAUGCAGAAAAACUGAUAACAACAGUGGAAAAUUGGAAGUCUGAAUUUCAGCUUUCUUAGAAAUAACUGCAACCUGACACAUUCCAUAAUAUUUAAACAGGGUGGGGGGAGAGAAAUCACCAAAGAUGUUACGUUUAGAGAUGACACUGACAUGAAGAAUAGGUAAAUUUUGUUUUUCAGCUACUGGGAAAGCAGACCUCAUAGGAACUCAGAACAAGUAGGAGAAAAUAUUUUUUUUUCUUUGUUCUUUUCCUUUUCAAAGAUGAACCUAACUGCACUCAAAGCUUUCGUGGGCUUGCUCUGGAAUUGCUGGGUUCUGGUGGGUCACGCACAGGGAGGUUUAGGAGACAAUCAUGUCCAUUCGAGUUUUAUUUACAGGAGGCUGCGGAACCAUGAGAGAAGGGAGAUUCAGAGAGAGAUUCUCUCUAUCCUGGGUUUACCUCACAGACCCAGACCAUUUUCACCAGGAAAGCAGGCUUCUUCUGCACCCCUCUUCAUGCUGGACCUGUACAAUGCCAUGACAAAUGAAGAGAAUACUGAGGAGCUGGAAUAUUCACUAAAGGGAUCAAUGGCAGGGGAGAGCAGAGGGAUACGGAAAGGAUACCCUGCCUCUCCAAAUGGAUAUUCACGGAGAAUACAAUUAUCUCGCAUGACUCCCCUGACCACACAGAAUCCUCCCUUAGCCAGCCUGCACGACACCAACUUUCUGAAUGAUGCUGACAUGGUCAUGAGCUUUGUCAAUUUAGUUGAAAGGGACAAGGACUUCUCCCACCAGCGAAGGCACUACAAAGAGUUUCGCUUUGACCUUACUCAGAUCCCGCAUGGAGAGGCAGUGACAGCAGCCGAGUUCCGAAUAUACAAAGAUCGAAGCAACAGCCGCUUUGAGAACGAAACCAUUCAGAUCAGCAUAUACCAGAUCAUCAAGGAGUAUCCAAACAGGGAUGCAGACCUGUUCCUGUUAGACACAAGAAAGGCUCAAGCUUCUGAUGUGGGCUGGUUUGUCUUUGACAUUACUGUGACCAGCAAUCACUGGGUGAUUAAUCCACUGAACAAUCUGGGUUUGCAACUCUGCGCUGAAACUGAGGAUGGUCGAAGUAUCAAUGUUAAGUCUGCUGGCCUGAUUGGAAGACAUGGGCCUCAGUCAAAGCAACCAUUCAUGGUUGCAUUCUUCAAGGCAAGUGAAGUGCUCUUCCGUUCCGUCCGAGCAGCCAACAAUAAAAGGAAAAAUCAGAACCGAAACAAAUCUAGUAGUCAACAGGAGUCUUCUAGGAUGCCAAGCGUUGGGGAUUAUAACACGAGUGAGCAAAAGCAAGCAUGUAAGAAACAUGAACUUUAUGUGAGCUUCCGAGACUUAGGAUGGCAGGAUUGGAUUAUUGCACCAGAGGGCUACGCUGCAUUCUACUGUGAUGGAGAGUGUUCUUUCCCCCUCAAUGCCCACAUGAACGCAACAAACCACGCCAUUGUUCAGACUCUGGUUCACUUGAUGUUCCCUGAUCAUGUACCAAAGCCAUGCUGUGCACCAACAAAACUGAACGCAAUCUCCGUGCUCUACUUUGAUGACAGUUCCAAUGUUAUUUUAAAAAAAUACAGGAAUAUGGUGGUGCGCUCAUGUGGCUGCCACUAGAAUAAAAAAUAAUCUAAAGCAGAGGGUUUUAUUCAAAAUUGUAAUAAAGUCAAGAUAUGAGCCUUGCUGAUGAAAAGGCAGGCCUAAAUUUAUUCCAUUUCAUGUCAUCUCUCAUUUAAUUGUACAGUAUAAUGUAUAUAGUAGCUUUUAUUUAUUUAAAAGUAUAUAGUUUCUUUUGUAUGAGCAAAAUUUCAGAACCAUUUAUUUUAUGGGUCACCUCACCACACAGUAGAAGUUCACAAACUAAUUUUUCAACAGCCCAUGCUGAAAUCUGUUUCAUUCCAUCUCAAUAUUUUAAAGUAAAACCUUUGUACAGAAUUUUUCAAAACUAGAAACUCCAGAACUUCUGUAACGGCUUUGUAUUGUUAAAGGAACUAAAAUACAUUUGGUCAUAUUGUGCCAAUGAAAACUGUGGCGAGGUAUUUAUUUAGAAAAAGACACAGGGGAAAAAACUAAACAAAACUGCUCAGCUAAACAUAUUUUUUCUUUUAGAAGUUCUGCUCCAUUAGAAAAAGUGA